GUUAUAUAACAAAAUUUUUGUCUAGCUGCAUACCUCGAAAGCAGUCUUCUGGAGGUGUAGACGGUAAAGAUUCGCGUGACAUUGUUCGGAAUCAAGUCUUAUUUACGAGAACUUAUGUAAGUGAAACGUGCUGUAUUUCCCACGGUAAAUUAUGAUUUGCUAAGGCUUUAGGAAAAUCCUGCACAACUUCUAAACCAGCUCGACCAAAAGAGGUCCAAUCGACACCGUAUGACAAUGGAGAGCUAUCAAAGUUUUCGAGACAGUUACAACUCUGUGACUAACAAUGGUGCUCACAUAUCAAACGUUUCAAAGAUACCUUUGGUUUUAUCAUGGCACAAUCUAACAGUAUCAGUCCCCAAGACAGAAAAUGGGAAAGGCUUUUGGGGCAGUCAAGUCGUCUCAAAAUCAAAUGUCCUCAAUAAAGUAAGUGGAUGCAUUGAAGGUGGAACUUUGAUGGCUAUUAUGGGACCGAGUGGCUGCGGUAAAACAACUUUGCUUGCAACAAUAAGCAAGCGAGUCCAAGGUAAUGUCACUGGAGAAAUUCUACUGAAUGGCAGCAGUAUAUCUGUCGAGCUAAUGAAUAAAAUCUCUGGUUUUGUCCCACAACAGGAUUUAUGCAUUGAAACCCUGACGGUUGUUGAGCAUAUGCAAUUAAUGGCAAAAUUGAAAAUGGACCGUAGACUUCGAGCUGCUCAAAGAACUCGCAAAAUUACCUCUCUCAUAACAGAGCUCGGAUUGACCAAGUGCAGUUACACUCAACUGUCUGCAUUAUCAGGAGGUGAAAGAAGAAGAGUAGCUCUCGCAGUUCAGUUAAUCACUGACCCGGCAAUUCUGUUCUGUGAUGAGCCAACCACAGGAUUAGACAGUUAUAGUGCUUGCGUCGUCGUCGAAAAGCUACGAGAACUGGCCACUCGAGGCAAAGCGGUUGUUUGUUCAAUCCAUCAGCCAGCCUCUGGAAUAUUUGAUCUCUUUCACUCAGUUUUAUUCCUGGUUCCUGGCGGGAAAAUUGCUUACAAUGGACCUGUUGAUAAAGCAGUACAGUAUUUCAAUGAGUUGAACAUGGUCUGUCCUCCAGCAUACAAUGUUGCGGAAUUUCUGGUAUCACAGCUUGCCCUCAAGCAGCACCAAAGUGCAGAUGGCAGCAAAUUGGACGAAAUCUGCAGUUAUUUCAAGUCUUCAGAUAUUGGCAGAAAACUGAACAAGUUUUUGGAAGCACAGUUGCCUGGAACAGGGUGUUCUAAUUGGUCAUCCAAUAACAGUGAAUCAUCAAUGCCUCAGCCAGAGGAUGAAUUCAUCAAGUACAUGCAUAUUCAAUCACCCUCUCAAAUGAUGCAGUUGUACUGGUUACUUUGGAGAUCGCUCAUUGAUAAAAUAAGGAGACCUCAAGAGGAAAUGCUAAAAUUAAGUUUAUAUGUGUUCAUUGCCCUCCUUGUCUCAACACCAUACUCAGGAUUGAUAAUCAACCAAGAAGGUAUCCAAAACAUGCAAGGGUUUCUGUAUUUAGUUAUUGUUGAGACUGUUUUUACAUUCAGUUACCGAGUGUGUAAUACAUUUUCUGGUGAACUACCCAUUUUACUUCGCGAGAUUGGAAAUGGACUCUAUAAACCUGGCCCGUACUAUCUGUCAAAAAUUCUUAUUCUGUUGCCGGAAUCAAUUCUGGAGCCAUUACUGUUUGCAACUAUUGUUUUCAAUAUUGCUGGAUUGUUCGGCGGUUUCCUGGGCUUCUGCAAAUUUGCUCUCCCUAUUAUUUGCAGCGCUAUUGCAGCAUCAGCCUAUGGUUGCUGUAUCUCUGCUGUGUUUGAAAAAAUUGAAUUCGCUGCCUUGGUGUCGGUUCCUAUCGAAUUCAUCACUCUAACAUUUUGUGGGUUGUUCAUAUCACUCAACUCUGCACCAUGGCAAUUUUUCUGGGUCCGAUACGUUUCAAUGUUCUACUAUGGAAUUGAAGCUGUCUCUAUUCUUCAAUGGAGUGCUGUAGAUCACAUCCCUUGCUCAGAGAAAGAGGAUAUUCCAUGUUUCUCUUCGGGUGAUAGUGUGUUGCAGCUCUACGGUUACAGCCCCAAUAACCUUUUAUUGGAUCUUCUUGGUCUGUCACUUAUCUACUGUACUGCGCACAUGGCCGGCUACUUUGCAUUCCAAAGACGUAGCAAGAAACAAGCUACAUAUUAACCACCAUUAUGCCAGACUCAUCACUCUACAGAUACUUCUUCUCUUUACGGACAUUCUGAUGUGAAACAUUGUUGUUUUCAGAGUUUUUAGCGAGAAUGUCUUUGUGACAAUUGCGAAACUUCCCAAAACGGUUCUCAAUCAAGUGCCUUCAUUUAUUCCUGAGACAUUCCUUUUUUUAGAAGAUUACGAGAUAAGGAACUGAAUAUAAAGAACCCAACUAUGAUAUGAAUUCUCAUAAAUAGGGUUCGGAACUUAAAUAAAUCAACCGCCUGCAUUACAAUAAGCAUUUAACCAGUGGGUGUUCAUUUUUUUGGUACCGUAUUUGCCUUUCUUCCAAUAUAUCCUCAUAGCAUCCUUGUCCUGUGGUUAUUGGUGGAGUCACCUGCAUUCCCAUCCAUCAUUUAACCUGCGUGAGGUUUGUUUAGCAUGGUGCUACUUUGCUCUAUAACGCUGUGGUGCUGACACAUUGCUCAGUUUUGAUAGUUUAAACGAGGCUAUAACCUUCACAGGGUUUUAUUUUUAUCAGAACUUUUUGCCCCAAUUUUAUCCCUCCACGGGGAAUGCACCUUUUUUCUUAUUUUUUUUCGCAUAUAUUAUCAUUAUUAACGCUAGUUCAAUGUUUACGGGUAUUUUUAAACUCAUCAGAAGAACUUUAAAGUGGCAUAGAAGGAUUUAUCAUGAAAGAAUCAUGUCAGCGUAAGUCCUACUUCUUGGAUAUUUGCUUCCAAAUAAAUUGUAAUUAUGAACUGUAAUCAUUCCCGCAUAAUCUAUUGUUUUGUUGCCCAUUAGAUUAUCUUGCCUUGUUGCCAUAACUAUAUAGGUCUUUAAUUAGAUCUCGGAAACGAUCAAUUAUCCUUAAUUGUUCUUUUUAGUAAUAUUCAUCAGUUUAUUAUAAUGUUCAUAGUUGCCAUAACAUCACGUCUCAUUUAUGACAAUACUACCACCGUCUAUAGCUUUCAUUAUUAUCAUUUUCCUUUCUCAGCCAUCUUCUUUUUUUUUCUUUUGUCUAAUGAGAAAAGCAUUCCAAAUAACUGUAUUUUUUUAAUAAUCGCAAUUUUCAGUAUUAUUGAGUAAGUUAAUAGUCAUAGUGAUUAAUAGGCAAAAUGUAUUUCCUACGUAGCAAAAACAGUUUUGAUUUAUUCUUUAGUGACUGAGCAAGCACAGCAACAGUGAAACUGUAAGAAUGCGUAUCUCUGUUUCUGAUGUUUCAGACUUCCUGUCUUACUUUCUUUCUUAAAUGAAAAAAUACUCAACAUCAUACCUUGAGAGCUUACCUAAUUUUUCCUCUGAAAGUGAAAUGGGAGGGAAGAUUUUAAAACACCGCAAACAAGAUAUGUUUUCCUACAAUUUCACUGCCAAAUGAUGACCAGCGUGAAUAGUCCAACCAGUUUUUCUUUCACAAGAAUUUUUCUUUUCAAAUGUUUCUACCUUUGUGUACAUUUUCCACGGAAUUGCCAGUGCCCUAAAAAAACUUUCAUUCAUCACUCAGAAUUUAGUUCAAAAUAAAUUUAUUGAAUAUUGUUAGCAAACUUUUUAUUUGUUUGGUAAGAAAUACUCAUCACUUGAAUUACUUCUUGCUUUUAUUCGCCGUCAAUAGUUCUGAAGGUAUUUGAUGAGGAUAUUAAAUGAUCAGCAGAAGGAUACAAGAACAAAAUGAAAUUUGAGAUAGCGUUAUUUUAGCCGACUAUGUCUUGAGUCGACUUAUUGCUGAUUUUCAUUUUUAUUUUUAUUUUUUUUUAUAUCACUCUCCCCGUACUUAUACCCUCAUUUAUUAAAUUUGUGUACGAAAAAAAUUAUCCUAUUGUUAUUGUAAAUUUUAUUAACUUUAAGUUUUAAAGAAAAAUUUUUGGUGAUCUGUUUUCCAUAAAUUAAUUGUCACUCUCACAGUUUAUGCAGGCAAAUUAAUCAAACCUCACCCAAUUAUUAUGAUAAGUAAAAAUGAGCCUUUUAUUCAAGUAGGUGCCAAGACAUCAAACCUAUAAAAGAGGACCAACUCUGAAUCAAAAUAAUCCUAGGUUAAAGUAUUUUCUAGAAUAGUCGCGAAUGCACAAAAACGAACUUGGGCCCCCUCAAAUUAGUUUAUGUGUCGCAUCAUAGCCUUUAGAAACAAGUGUAUUUUACCUGCUCAGUAUGUUCUCUGCCUUUUUUUUAGGUCUACUUUUUAUUAUUGUGCCUUUUGUUCUUUUUUAUUGCAGGCUAGGUCAUUAUAAUAUAAUAAUUUCAUGUAAAUACCAUUGAUAAAAAGUGCGAUUUCAUUGAAGGCAGUGUGCUUUGAAAAUCGCAGUAUCUACUCGUAUCUAAUAUCUGCAGCACAAGUUAAUCUGGUAAUUUCCUCUUUGUCAUUAUUUCCAGGAAAUUACUCACUGAAGACAAGGUGCUAAAAAUUUAGCAGUUUUGUGGUUGUAUUUAUUGUUCAUAUUUUCAAUUAGGUAGCAUGUUAUUUCUUAUUUAUUUACCUUUAGUUUUUAUGUUUGGAUCAUUUUCCUGACGUUAGGAUCUGUGCAUUUGUUUUACCCCCAGAAACCUGUCAGUUCGUUCAUUUCAUUUUCACUGGUUUUUGUGAGUCAAGUUUGACAGGUUAAGACUUAUCACAAAUUAUUGUACCACAGCGAUUUUUAUCUAAUUGUAAUGCGAUCAAAGUAUUUAUUUAUUUCUAUAUUUUUCGUCAAACUCUCUCUUUAUCUCUAAAGAGUCCCUGAAAUUUCUUGAUAUUUUUCUUUUUCAUUUCCUUUUUGUUUCUCUCAUCGACUCUGAUUUUUUUGCGAUUGUUUUAUUCAAAUAUUUAUUUAGCAAGAGAAAUUCCUCCACGUGUAGACUCGUUUAAAAUUUGAAUUACGUUUGAUUUGAGAAGCUGUGAUGACUUUGAUGACUUAUCAUGUUAUGUGACUUGGUUCUUGCGGAUUCAGUUAAGGAUCCGACAAUGGGUUAAAAUAGGACAUGUAGUUUGACAGAACAAAGAGGAUAUACUGGAAUUCUAAAUUUAACUAUUUAUAUUAACUAAAAGUGAUUAUUUGACCUUCAUCAAUCUUUCUUUACACAAUUCCUCAAGUUUAUCGUAGCUGAUUAAUGUGACAAUCUUAAAUAAUGUGUAUGGAUUCAAUGAUUGGUUCAUCCUGCUUACUCUAUAAAAUUUGAAUGUGGAAAGACCUUAAUGUAGCCAGGAAAAUUUGAUCCUUGACUAAGUGAAUGUUUUUAAGUCAUGGUCAUUAUUUUAUUUUUUCGAGCUUAAAAUUGUGUAUCUAUAGUAAUAAUUACUAUUUAAUUGUAUUAUCAUUUUCAUUUGUUAAAAUUUAACCACAUGCAGAUCUGCCUUUCUGUAAUUUUUUUAAAUAAAUUGUUUUUUUAUACCAGCA